AUGACUCGAAGUGUGAUUCGAACAAAAGUUGUCGGAUGGAGGGUUUCCAAAAGACGCCGUUGUUUUUGGCGUACGGGACUUCAUGCACUGAUGAGCACAUUUGCGGCGCAUUUGGAUAACGGACUGAAGCUUGCGUGGAAACGCUCGCAACAUUGCAAAGGAUUCGCAUUCGCCCAGAAUAGAACGAACUGCUAA